AUGGUAAAUUUGUCUGUAUCCUCUGUCUUGUUCCGUUUCGGUAGAACCAGAGAGCUUGAGCAGCGUCGGCCGUCAACAAUGGCAGUAUACCUAGUCGAGGAAGAGAUCGACGGCAGCAGUACGAACCCUAGAAUCGCUUCGCUUAUUUUUGUUUGUGUUCCUGUCAAUUUGGUUUCUCUUCGAGGUGCUGCUGGUGCGAAAUUGAGACAACGGCGUUCCGGUGUGAUGCCACAGACGCGGGACAGGAAGGAAUCCCAUGGGGCUGUGGGGGGUGCUGCACUCUACAUUGCUGCUUACGCUCAUGGUUGA